AUGGCGAUUUAUCUCAGGAGGCUGGCAUUUCUAAUCCAUCUCUAUCUGGACGACUGGCUCCUCAGGAACAAGUGUCAAGCAACCCUGUGUUGUCAGCUUCAGCUUCUCCUCAAGCUAGCCGACACUCUAGGCAUUUUGAUCAAUUUCGAGAAGUCACAUUUGACUCCCAGACAGGUUUUCGAACAUCUAGGGGUCCUGUUCGACUUGAUUCAAGGACUAGUUUUCCCAACGGAACAGUCAGUUCAGAAGGUCCGCUUGUGGAUCGUAUAUCUGAAGAGGUACAGGAAGGUCACGGCGAAGAGCUUCUUGUCGUUCCUGGGGCUCCUCAACUUCAUGGCAGAUUUCAUCCCACUGGGAAGGCUUCAUCUACGCCCACUGCAGUUUUAUCUCAAGUGCUUUUUCAAAACCCAUCAAGAUCACAUAGAAAAAGUGGUGCCGCUGCAGCCCAAAUUUUUCCAGUAUCUUCUGUGGUGGGAGUCCGAUGACAAUCUGAUGGCCGGAGAUCCGUUGCAUCCUCCCGAGCCAGUCGUGACCCUUAUUACCGAUGCCAGUCUAUCGGGUUGGGGUGCCCACUUAGGCACUCAGACGGUGUCCGGUCAGUGGUCAGAGCAGGAAGCCAGCCUUCACAUCAAUCUCCUGGAGCUGAAGGCGGUCCUGUUAGCAAUCAAGGCUUUGUUGAAUCAGAUUCGAGGCAAAUGCAUCAGAAUUCUGUCGGACAACACCACUGUGGUGUCCUACAUUCGUCAACAAGGGGGCACCCAGUCGUUGAGUCUCUACCUGCUCACCAGGGAGCUUUUUCUAUUCUGUCAGGUACAUGGGAUCUUUCUCAGAGUAGCCUUUAUACCAGGCAAGAGAAACGUUCUGGCCGACAGUCUCAGUCGACAGAAUCGUGUCUUGGAGACAGAGUGGACACGGGCGAAAUCAGUCUUCAGUCAGAUCUUUGCUCUGUUCCCUUUUCUGCAAGUAGACCUGUUUGCGACUUACAAGAACAAUCAGCUACCUCUUUAUGUCAGCCCCUUCCCGGACGAUUAA